AUGGUACUUCGUGUCUUUUAUAUUUCUACAACUGGUCGUCGUGAUAUACGUAAACGACAAAUUCAUGUAUUAAAUGUACUUAGUUCUUGGAAAUUUGAAUAUGAAGCAAUUGAUGUAGCUGCACCAGAAAAUGAAGAACAACGUGAUUUUGUUGUUGAAAAUGGAAAAAAAACUGAAGAUGACAAAAUAAUGUUACCACAAAUUUUUAAAGAAGAAGAAUGUUGUGGUGAUUAUUUGGAUUUCUUACAAGCUAUUGAACAUGAAAAAUUACAAUUAUUUCUUAAACAAAUAACACAAGAAGAAUUCGAUGCACUUGAAAAAACUAAAACUGGUGAAACAAAAAAAGAAGAAGAAGAAGACGAAGAAACUGAGAAAAAGGAAGAUGAAGAAGAUACUGAGAAUAAAGAAGAUGAAGAAGAUACUGAGAAUAAAGAAGAUGAAGACGAAACUGAAAAGAAAGAAGGUGAAGAAGGAGAAGAAACUGAAGAUGGUGAAAAAGAAGAAAAAACAGGUGAUGAAGAUGAGGACGAAAAUAAAGAAGAAGGUGAUGAAACUACUAAAGAAGACGGUGAAGCUGAAGACGAGGAAAAAUCCAAAGCUGAUGAUGAAGAAGAAGCUGAAGAAACCAAAGCUGAUGAAGAUGAAGAAAAAACUGCAGAAGAUGAAAAUGAAGAUGAAGAGAAGAAAACAGAUGAAACCGAAGAAACAACUAAAGACGAAGACGAAGAAGAAGAAGAAACUAAAAAGAAGAAAACGUCAGUUAGUGAAGAAUCUAAAGAAAAAUCUGCAUCAAAUCGUCGACGUCGUGGUUGGGAUAAAGAUGAUGAUGAAGAAAAGAAAUCAGAGUCAACAACAGAAAAAGAAGAAAAAAAACCUGAACCAGCGAAAACUGGACGUCGUGCACGUGGUUGGGAUACUGAAGAUAAAGAUGAUGCUAAAUCUAAAACGACAACAUCAAAAGAUAAUGAUGAUAAAUCUUCAAGAAAGACAUCUAAUGCAAGUGAAGGAAAAUCAUCAGAAGAUGAAUCAAAACGUAAAAAUUCCGAUGCAAAAGGUAAGAAAAAAUCAUCAACAACAACUACAGACAACAAAGCGGAAACAGCAGCAUCAAGACGUCGACGUGGUUGGGAUGAAGAAGAUAAAAAAACUGAAGAAAGUACGAAAACGGACGAAACCAAGGAUAAAGACGAAACUAAGGAAAAAGAUAAAAAAGAAGAAACAGCAGCUUCAAGACGUCGUCGUGGUUGGGAUGAAGACGAUAAAAAAACUGAAGAAACCAAAGAUAAAGAAGAAACUAAGGAAAAAGACAAAAAAGAAGAAACCGCAUCAUCAAGACGUCGACGUGGUUGGGACGAAGAAGAUAAAAAAACUGAAGAAACUACGAAAACUGACGAAACUAAAGAUAAAGACGAAACUAAGGAAAAGGACAAAAAAGAAGAAACUGCAGCAUCAAGACGUCGUCGUGGAUGGGAUGAAGAAGAUAAAAAAACUGAAGAAACUAAAGAUAAAGAAGAAACCAAAGAAAAAGAUAAAAAAGAAGAAACAGCAUCUUCAAGACGUCGUCGUGGUUGGGAUGAAGAAGAUAAAAAAGCAGAGGAAACUGCGAAAACUGACGAAACCAAAGAUAAAGACGAAAUUAAGGAAAAAGAUAAAAAAGAAGAAACAGCAUCAUCAAGACGUCGAC